GCCAUCCGCAACGAGCAACAUUUGUGGUUGUCUGACUAAUGAAAAUGAAAGGUUCCAAUGGGCAAAGUGCCAGCUAGAUCGAUUAGCUGACGCUGCUGGGGAUGAGGACUUUCCCGCGAUGUUGGACGAGAUGCCCAAAGAUUUGAACAGGACCUAUGCGCGUAUACUGCGCGACAUCCCGGAGAACCGACAGCCUUUCGCCUGGAGACUGUUGAAAUGGGUCGCAUACUCACAGUCGCCAUUGAGCAUGAGUGAGGUCAAAGAGGCCAUGCGUAUCUCUGUCGAUGAAGUUUACGGCGAUGCCGUAAGCGUCGGUGCAAGGAAUGAAUACGUCCUAGACCGUACGCUACGAUCGCUCCAGAGCCUCGUCGAGCCAUACAAAGAGUACGAAUGCAUUGUCGAUAAGACCAAUGGUGAGGUUCAGCCGCGCGGUUUCGUCGCCCUGCGUCUGACCCACUUCUCAGUCGUCGAGUUUCUGGAAUUAUGGGGCCUCAAUUUCCCGGACUUGGACUCCCUGAACGCGAUUCUCCAGGACCAUCCAGCAUCGAGUGAGACGUCGUCGGAUAUCGUGACCCAUCCCUUCUCGAGGGCGAUAGCGCAAGAGUUCAUGGCCCGGUGCUGCCUGGGAUACUUGCGACACUACAGCGAUUCGCCACAGAAGAUGUCAAACAUCACAGACCUGGAUAAUUUCAAGUUACUGAAAUAUGCUGCGCGGUCGUGGUUCAUUCAUGCAGCGUUUGCGGGAAGGGAAGUUGCCGCAGAUGUUUCAGAUUUCAUUUGCAAUAUGGACUUGGGAAACGACUGGCUCAAAGUGUACAACCCAAGCGCCCAUCUUGCGUCUCCAUUCUCGAGAGAGAUCGACAGGGAGCGACCAGGAUCUCUUGCUCUUGCUGCUUUUCUUGGAGAUCAGCGAAUGGUCUUCAAUCUAUUUCACCAUCCGGAUAAUAGUAAGUUCUGGGCCAAGCCACACAUCGAGGCUCUAUUUAUAGCAUCUCGAUAUGGCCAUGCUAAGGUCGUCAAAGUACUUCUUGAAAGACGUCAACGGACGCUUGAUAGAAAGCGAUGGUCUCUCGUUCCCGAAGAUAACGAUAUUGAGACGGCGCUUGUGGAAGCCUCGGCGGGAGGGCACGUUUCCGCCGUCCGGGAACUCACGGAGUACAACCCAAGCACAGACUCACAAGAGAACGCGCAGACAGCGGCUGCAGCUCGAAGCUACGUGGAUCUUGUUGUUGAAGUAUUGAAAGUGAUUAAAGGAGUCAGAGUUACGCUCUGGCCUCAAGUUGAGGUAAGCACAACCUCUGGUUGCCAUAGGCAAUUACAAUCACGAAGGUUCCUUCCGAUACUUGUUAGCUUGUUCGUUGAGCGGGGCGUCUGGACCACCAGCGCGAUCAACGCUGCCACGGAACACCACCAAACAGCAGUUGUCGAUCUGCUGUCUGUGGGACAGCGAAAUUCCGUGCUGCACGAUUCUUUACUCAGCGCAGCCUUCCUCGGAUAUAUUGACAUCGUACGUCUGCUGCUAGGACGAGGUGUUUCUGAUCCCGCGCAAGUACUACACAUGGCUGCAGUGGAGGGCCACGCUGAUAUCGUGAGGCUCGAGCGAUCACGUACCGAUAAGAUACCCCAUCUCGCACUGAGACAUGAGGCAACCCACAACAACCCCGUCGUCGUGAAUAUGCUACUCGAGUAUGGGGCAAUUGAACGGAUCGAAGACGGUAGGGCAGCGUGCAAGGAAAUUAUGGAGCAGGCUCAUUUGGCAGGCCAACAUCACAUACGAACCUUGUUGGCGGCCGAACUGGCGCCGCCCGAGGGUGCACAGGACGUGCAAGCAGACUAAUGAAUAUGCCUCAUUUCGAGCGUAAACCGACGGAAUGCAUCUUUGUGUGCUCUUCUUGUGAAUGUGAACCUGGGCUUUUGUCUAUUGUUGUGUUAGUCGUCUGCGAAACCACUACAGUACAAGUCAUCACGAGAAACAUCUCUCGAGUCAGUCAUCACUAAGACGUUCUCUUUAAAUAGGCACCUGCCCGCCCGCGCUUUUCCGUUGCUUCAACGCAUGUGCCUGACGCUAAAGUAAUGCACGCGCAUGCAGGCGUACAAUUUAUGCAAGGAUGUGUCAGCAUUGAACAUUCGCUCACUUAACUUCGAAAUCAAGUGAUUCGAACAUUUCCAUCAUCUG